AUGGGGUUUGGCAGAGGGAUAUGGGUACCAGAAUGGGCUUUCCUGUUAGCAGUUUGCUGUAUCCAUCAGAUAGGAGCCCAGACUGAAAUCCAACAGGAACCAGGAAGCAAAUACAAUGAGGUUGUUCAGCAGAAACAAAACACUUCCAAUCCUGCUCACAAUGGCCGCGUGUGCAGCACAUGGGGCAACUUCCACUUCAAGACCUUUGACGGAGACAUAUUCUCCUUCCCUGGGCUCUGUAAUUAUGUUUUUGCAUCCCAUUGCAAUGCUCCCUAUGAGGAUUUCAACAUCCAGAUUAGGCGCACAGUGGUGGAAAAUGCUCCAACAAUCAACCGUAUCACCAUGAAACUUGAAGGUGUUGCUGCUGAACUAACAAAGGAUGCUGUCAUGAUCAACAGCAACAGAGUUCAACUGCCAUACAGCCAAUCUGGAAUUACAAUAGAGAAAAGCAGCAUUUAUGUGAAAGUUGCCAGCAAAAUGGGUAUUGUGUUAAUGUGGAAUGAAGAUGACAGUAUCCUGCUAGAAUUGAAUGAGAAAUAUGCCAAUCAGACCUGUGGACUCUGUGGGGACUUCAAUGGCUUUCCAAUUUACAACGAGUUCUAUUCAAACAAUAUUAAGAUGACACCCUUGCAGUUUGGGAAUAUGCAGAAAAUGGAUGGGCCAACAGAACACUGUGAAGACUCCACUUCUACCCUGCCAGAUAAUUGCACUGAUAAUUCUGAUGACAUAUGCCAGAAAACAUUGACCAGCUCUGCAUUUGCAGAGUGUAAUGACCUAGUUGAUGUUAGAGAGUACAUUAUGGCUUGCCAAGAUGACUUGUGCCACUCUGAAGAGUCUAAAAAUGCCUCAUGUAUCUGUGACACCUUUGCUGAAUACUCUCGGCAGUGUGCUCAUGCUGGUGGGCAUCCUCUGAACUGGAGAACCUCAAAACUGUGCCCCAAGAAGUGUCCUUCCAACAUGCAGUACCAGGAGUGCAGCUCCCCCUGUGCUGACACAUGCACCAACCCUGAACGAUCUCAGUUUUGUGAAGAACACUGCAUGGAUGGUUGUUUCUGCCCCCCAGGGACUGUAUUUGAUGACAUCAACAAUUUUGGCUGCAUUCCCCCUCAGCAGUGCUCCUGUGUUUACAAUGGCAAGACCUACGCUACAGGAACUUCUUUUUCAGAGCAGUGCCAUUCCUGUACCUGUAAUGGAGGCCAAUGGAGUUGCCAAGACAUGUCAUGCCCAGGAACAUGUUCACUAGAGGGAGGUUCACAUAUUUCCACAUACGAUAAAAAACAUUACAGUCACCAUGGAGACUGCACUUACGUCCUUUCUAAGCACUGCAAAGAUGAAACAUUCACCAUCCUGGUAGAACUACGCAAAUGUGGCCUAACAGACACUGAGACAUGCUUAAGGACAGUGACCCUCAACAUGAAUAAAGGACAAACUCUCAUCGAGGUCAAACCUGAUGGUGGUGUGUUUAUGAACUCGAUCUACACCCAGCUGCCCAUUUCAGCAGCUAAUGCCACUGUGUUCAGACCUUCAUCAUUCUUCAUCAUCAUGCAGACAAACUUUGGCGUCCACCUUGAAAUCCAAAUCAUACCCACCAUGCAAGUGUUUGUGCGACUGAAUCCUAUUUUCAGAGACCAGACCUGUGGUCUCUGUGGAAAUUUCAAUAAUAUCCAAACUGAUGACUUCAGGGUCAUGAGUGGAAUAAUUGAAGGAACAGCAACAGCAUUUGCUAAUACGUGGAAAACUCAGGCUUCAUGUCCUAAUAUCCAGCACAGUUUUGAGAACCCUUGUGCACUCAGCAUUGAUAAUGAAAAAUAUGCUCAGCAUUGGUGUGGACUACUAACUGACAGCAAAGGACCUUUUGCUGAUUGUCACUAUGCAGUGAAUCCCUCUGUUUACCACACGAACUGCAUGUUUGACACAUGUAACUGUGAAAAUAGUGAGGAUUGUCUGUGUGCAGCCCUGUCUUCCUAUGUGAGAGCUUGUGCUGCAAAAGGACUCCAGCUGCGUGGAUGGAGGACUGAUGUCUGCUCAAAAUACAGCACCUCAUGUCCCAAAUCCCUAAACUACAGCUAUACCAUUGGUUCCUGUCAACCCACUUGUCGGUCUCUGAGUGAGCCCGAUGUCACAUGCAACAUUAAGUUUGUCCCAGUUGAUGGCUGCACCUGCGUAGAUGGAACCUACAUGGAUGAGAAUGGCAAAUGUGUGCCUGCUAAUGAAUGCCCCUGCUACUACAGAAGAUCUCCCAUACCACCUGGAGAAGUUGUCCAUGAAAAUGGGUUGGUAUGCACUUGCAUCCAGGGAAGACUGAAUUGCAUUGGAGCACCCAAUCGAACUCCAGUCUGUGAAUCUCCCAUGGUCUACUUUGACUGUAGAAACAUCACUGCAGGAGCAACUGGAGCAGAAUGUCAAAAAAGUUGCCAGACUCUGGAUAUGCAGUGUUAUAGCACACAAUGUGUAUCUGGCUGCUUGUGCCCAGCUGGGCUCGUGUUAGAUGGGAAUGGUGGUUGUAUUCCUGAAGAGGAAUGUCCAUGUAUUCACAAUGAAGCCAUGUAUCAGCCUGAGGAAAAGAUCAACGUUGACUGUAACACCUGUGUAUGCAAGAAUAGGAAGUGGGAAUGCACCAAAGAUCAAUGUCUGGGCACUUGUGUUGUUUAUGGAGAUGGUCAUUAUAAUACCUUUGAUGACAAAAGGUUCAGCUUCAACGGAAACUGUGAAUACACACUAGUCCAGGACCACUGUGGGAAGAGUGGCACAGCCAAUGGCACCUUCAGGGUUAUCACUGAAAAUAUUCCCUGUGGCAACACUGGGACAACUUGCUCAAAAUCUAUCAAAGUUUUCUUAGAGAGCUAUGAACUGAUACUUGGUGAGGAGCAUGUCAGUGUCAUAAAGAGAGGACAAAAUGAUGAGGUGCCAUACACAGUCCGCUAUAUGGGUAUGUACUUGGUAAUUGAGACCACAAGCGGACUGAUCCUUACGUGGGACAAGAAAACCAGCAUCUUCAUCAAGCUCAGCCCUGAUUUUAAGGGCCAGAUCUGCGGCCUCUGUGGAAAUUAUGAUGGCAAUGGCAUCAAUGACUUUACCACAAGGAGUCAGUCUGUGGUAGAGAAUGUCCUAGAGUUUGGAAACAGCUGGAAAGUAUCCUCUACAUGUCCUGAUGCUUACAGCAUAAAGGACCCAUGUUCUACCAACCUUUAUCGAAAGUCCUGGUCAGAGAAACAGUGUAGCAUCAUCAACAGCAACAUCUUUGCUGCCUGUCACUCUCAGGUUGAACCAGCAAAAUAUUACCAAGCAUGUGUGACAGAUGCUUGUGCAUGUGACACUGGAGGAGACUGCGAUUGCUUUUGUACAGCAGUAGCUGCGUAUGCUCAAGCAUGUAGUGAAGUUGGUGUCUGCAUAGCCUGGAGAACCCCAUCAAUCUGUCCACUGUUCUGUGAUUACUACAAUCAACAAGGGGAAUGUGAAUGGCACUAUAAGCCUUGUGGAGCCUCCUGUAUGAAGACCUGUAGGAACCCAAGUGGAAAAUGCAUCCAUAACUUGCCAGGUUUAGAAGGCUGCUACCCUAACUGCCCACCAGACAAGCCAUAUUUUCAUGAGGAUCAGAUGAAGUGCGUUAGUCUCUGUGACUGUUAUGAUAAUGAAGAUGGAAAGAUAUAUAGACGGGAUGAAUGUCAUGUGUGUGAAUGCACAUCAGAAGGUUUACAGUGCAAGUUUGAUGAUAAAGCAUGCCACUGCAUAUAUGAAGGGAACCGCUAUAAAUAUGGUGAACUCAUCUACAGCACCACAGAUGGAACUGGAUGGUGUUUCAGUGCAACAUGUGAUGUCAAUGGAACAAUAAACAGAAGUAUCUUUAAAUGUGGCAUCUCUACAACCCCGUUUACGUUUUCUACCAACACAUAUUUCCCCCUAUUAAUUACAGAAACGACAACUGCAACACCAGUGACAACGGUAUGUGUGAAGAAAGUAUGUGCAUGGUCAGAAUGGUAUGACAGCACACAGCCUGAAGACAAAGAGGACAGUGGAGAUGAUGAAACAUUUGAAAAUCUCAGAGCUAAAGGCUACACUGUGUGUGAAAACCCAAACGGUGUUCAAUGCAGAGCCAAAAAACACCCAGAUACAGAAAUGUACAAUCUUAACCAGACAGUACAAUGUAAUCAAAGCAGAGGAUUAAUAUGCAAUAACAAAGACCAACAAAAUAAGACCUGCUAUAAUUAUGAAAUAAGAAUAUCAUGCUGCAGCUACAAACCAUGUUCAGAAAUACAAACUACAACACUAAGAACCACACAAGAAUUCACAACAACUACUGCUGUAAAAUCAACACCACUUACAAUACAUACGAAGAUAAAACAAACACAAACAAAAGGAACUGAAGCGCAAAAAACCGACGUACCUAAAACAUCACCAGAACACAGACAAAGCACAACUCAUCUGACUGAACCUUCAGGUACAGAAAAAACAUCACAAGUCUCAACAACAGGUUACCAGACCAUGCCAACUCCAUCAGAAAUCACCACUGUGGGAACCCAGAAACAAGCAUCACCAACUACUGCCUCCACCCUCCCACAGACAGCAAUGACAACCGCUACUGCCACCACGGUUGUCCCCAGUAACACUGCCCCGCCAACGCAAGGCACGACCCUCAUCACAACCACCAGCAGGGCCAGCACCACCAAGACCUCUCCCCCCCUGACAGAAAGCACAACCACCAUCGUCACACCCACUCCAACAGCACCCACCUCAGCCAGUAGCACUACCAGCACCUCCAGGACCACCACAGCAACCACCACAACGUCCAAAGCCACAUCUGUGCCCACAAAAACCUCCUCUGUGAAAACGCAGACUCCAACAUCACCCACUUCCGCCACCAGCCUCUCCCAGCCAGCACGGACAACCACUACUGCCACCACGGCUGUCCCCAGUAACACUGCCCCGCCAACGCAAGGCACGACCCUCAUCACAACCACCAGCAGGGCCAGCACCACCAAGACCUCUCCCCCCCUGACAGAAAGCACAACCACCAUCGUCACACCCACUCCAACAGCACCCACCUCAGCCAGUAGCACUACCAGCACCUCCAGGACCACCACACCUACCACCACAACGUCCAAAGCCACAUCUGUGCCCACAAAAACCUCCUCUGUGAAAACGCAGACUCCAACAUCACCCACUUCCGCCACCAGCCUCUCCCAGCCAGCACGGACAACCACUACUGCCACCACGGCUGUCCCCAGUAACACUGCCCCGCCAACGCAAGGCACGACCCUCAUCACAACCACCAGCAGGGCCAGCACCACCAAGACCUCUCCCCCCCUGACAGAAAGCACAACCACCAUCGUCACACCCACUCCAACAGCAACCACCUCAGCCAGUAGCACUACCAGCACCUCCAGGACCACCACACCUACCACCACAACGUCCAAAGCCACAUCUGUGCCCACAAAAACCUCCUCUGUGAAAACGCAGACUCCAACAUCACCCACUACCGCCACCAGCCUCUCCCAGCCAGCACGGACAACCACUACUGCCACCACGGCUGUCCCCAGUAACACUGCCCCGCCAACGCAAGGCACGACCCUCAUCACAACCACCAGCAGGGCCAGCACCACCAAGACCUCUCCCCCCCUGACAGAAAGCACAACCACCAUCGUCACACCCACUCCAACAGCACCCACCUCAGCCAGUAGCACUACCAGCACCUCCAGGACCACCACACCUACCACCACAACGUCCAAAGCCACAUCUGUGCCCACAAAAACCUCCUCUGUGAAAACGCAGACUCCAACAUCACCCACUUCCGCCACCAGCCUCUCCCAGCCAGCACGGACAACCACUACUGCCACCACGGCUGUCCCCAGUAACACUGCCCCGCCAACGCAAGGCACGACCCUCAUCACAACCACCAGCAGGGCCAGCACCACCAAGACCUCUUCAUCUCUAACAGAAGGCACAACCACCAUCAUCACAUCCACACCAACAGCAACCACCUCACCAACCACCUUCACUGCUAGCACCUCCAAGACCACAACCAGCUGCCUGCAGCACUGUGCCUGGACGCAGUGGUUUGACUUGGAUUCCCCUAGCCCCGGUAGCCAAAAUGGAGACAUAGAGACGCUUGAAAAAAUCCGAGCUGCUGGGUAUGCACUGUGCGACGAGCCGCAAGACAUCAUGUGCCGUGCUAAAGAUUACCGUAAUAGGAGUCUGGACAAACUAGGACAGAAAAUUGAGUGCAGCCUUGACACUGGGCUUGUGUGCAGAAAUAAGGAUCAGAUCAAAAAGUACCCCAUGUGCUUUGACUACGAGAUCAAGGUGCUGUGCUGUGACCGUAACCACUGCGAGACAACAUCAGAAACAACAGGCACCACCACAGGCUUCUCCACCACAUCUGCUCUUCCAGAAACCUCCACCAUAAACACCAAAACUCCUGCACCACCAACUACUGCCUCCACCCUCCCACAGACAGCAAUGACAACCGCUACUGCCACCACGGCUGUCCCCAGUAACACUGCCCCGCCAACGCAAGGCACGACCCUCAUCACAACCACCAGCAGGGCCAGCACCACCAAGACCUCUCCCCCCCUGACAGAAAGCACAACCACCAUCGUCACACCCACUCCAACAGCACCCACCUCAGCCAGUAGCACUACCAGCACCUCCAGGACCACCACACCUACCACCACAACGUCCAAAGCCACAUCUGUGCCCACAAAAACCUCCUCUGUGAAAACGCAGACUCCAACAUCACCCACUUCCGCCACCAGCCUCUCCCAGCCAGCACGGACAACCACUACUGCCACCACGGCUGUCCCCAGUAACACUGCCCCGCCAACGCAAGGCACGACCCUCAUCACAACCACCAGCAGGGCCAGCACCACCAAGACCUCUCCCCCCCUGACAGAAAGCACAACCACCAUCGUCACACCCACUCCAACAGCAACCACCUCAGCCAGUAGCACUACCAGCACCUCCAGGACCACCACACCUACCACCACAACGUCCAAAGCCACAUCUGUGCCCACAAAAACCUCCUCUGUGAAAACGCAGACUCCAACAUCACCCACUUCCGCCACCAGCCUCUCCCAGCCAGCACGGACAACCACUACUGCCACCACGGCUGUCCCCAGUAACACUGCCCCGCCAACGCAAGGCACGACCCUCAUCACAACCACCAGCAGGGCCAGCACCACCAAGACCUCUCCCCCCCUGACAGAAAGCACAACCACCAUCGUCACACCCACUCCAACAGCAACCACCUCAGCCAGUAGCACUACCAGCACCUCCAGGACCACCACACCUACCACCACAACGUCCAAAGCCACAUCUGUGCCCACAAAAACCUCCUCUGUGAAAACGCAGACUCCAACAUCACCCACUACCGCCACCAGCCUCUCCCAGCCAGCACGGACAACCACUACUGCCACCACGGCUGUCCCCAGUAACACUGCCCCGCCAACGCAAGGCACGACCCUCAUCACAACCACCAGCAGGGCCAGCACCACCAAGACCUCUCCAUCUCUAACAGGAGGCACAACCACCGUCAUCACAUCCACACCAACAGCAUCCACCUCACCAACCACCUUCACUGCUAGCACCUCCAAGAACACAAUCAGCUGCCUGCAGCACUGUGCCUGGACGCAGUGGUUUGACUUGGAUUCCCCUAGCCCUGGUAGCCAAAAUGGAGACAUAGAGACGCUUGAAAAAAUCCGAGCUGCUGGGUAUGCACUGUGCGACGAGCCGCAAGACAUCAUGUGCCGUGCUAAAGAUUACCGUAAUAGGAGUCUGGACAAACUAGGACAGAAAAUUGAGUGCAGCCUUGACACUGGGCUUGUGUGCAGAAAUAAGGAUCAGAUCAAAAAGUACCCCAUGUGCUUUGACUACGAGAUCAAGGUGCUGUGCUGUGACCGUAAUCACUGCGAGACAACAUCAGAAACAACAGGCACCACCACAGGCUUCUCCACCACAUCUGCUCUUCCAGAAACCUCCACCAUAAACACCAAAACUCCUGCACCACCAACUACUGCCUCCACCCUCCCACAGACAGCAAUGACAACCGCUACUGCCACCACGGUUGUCCCCAGUAACACUGCCCCGCCAACGCAAGGCACGACCCUCAUCACAACCACCAGCAGGGCCAGCACCACCAAGACCUCUCCCCCCCUGACAGAAAGCACAACCACCAUGGUCACACCCACUCCAACAGCACCCACCUCAGCCAGUAGCACUACCAGCACCUCCAGGACCACCACACCUACCACCACAACGUCCAAAGCCACAUCUGUGCCCACAAAAACCUCCUCUGUGAAAACGCAGACUCCAACAUCACCCACUACCGCCACCAGCCUCUCCCAGCCAGCACGGACAACCACUACUGCCACCACGGCUGUCCCCAGUAACACUGCCCCGCCAACGCAAGGCACGACCCUCAUCACAACCACCAGCAGGGCCAGCACCACCAAGACCUCUCCCCCCCUGACAGAAAGCACAACCACCAUCGUCACACCCACUCCAACAGCACCCACCUCAGCCAGUAGCACUACCAGCACCUCCAGGACCACCACACCUACCACCACAACGUCCAAAGCCACAUCUGUGCCCACAAAAACCUCCUCUGUGAAAACGCAGACUCCAACAUCACCCACUUCCGCCACCAGCCUCUCCCAGCCAGCACGGACAACCACUACUGCCACCACGGCUGUCCCCAGUAACACUGCCCCGCCAACGCAAGGCACGACCCUCAUCACAACCACCAGCAGGGCCAGCACCACCAAGACCUCUUCAUCUCUAACAGAAGGCACAACCACCAUCAUCACAUCCACACCAACAGCAACCACCUCACCAACCACCUUCACUGCUAGCACCUCCAAGACCACAACCAGCUGCCUGCAGCACUGUGCCUGGACGCAGUGGUUUGACUUGGAUUCCCCUAGCCCCGGUAGCCAAAAUGGAGACAUAGAGACGCUUGAAAAAAUCCGAGCUGCUGGGUAUGCACUGUGCGACGAGCCGCAAGACAUCAUGUGCCGUGCUAAAGAUUACCGUAAUAGGAGUCUGGACAAACUAGGACAGAAAAUUGAGUGCAGCCUUGACACUGGGCUUGUGUGCAGAAAUAAGGAUCAGAUCAAAAAGUACCCCAUGUGCUUUGACUACGAGAUCAAGGUGCUGUGCUGUGACCGUAACCACUGCGAGACAACAUCAGAAACAACAGGCACCACCACAGGCUUCUCCACCACAUCUGCUCUUCCAGAAACCUCCACCAUAAACACCAAAACUCCUGCACCACCAACUACUGCCUCCACCCUCCCACAGACAGCAAUGACAACCGCUACUGCCACCACGGUUGUCCCCAGUAACACUGCCCCGCCAACGCAAGGCACGACCCUCAUCACAACCACCAGCAGGGCCAGCACCACCAAGACCUCUCCCCCCCUGACAGAAAGCACAACCACCAUCGUCACACCCACUCCAACAGCACCCACCUCAGCCAGUAGCACUACCAGCACCUCCAGGACCACCACACCUACCACCACAACGUCCAAAGCCACAUCUGUGCCCACAAAAACCUCCUCUGUGAAAACGCAGACUCCAACAUCACCCACUACCGCCACCAGCCUCUCCCAGCCAGCACGGACAACCACUACUGCCACCACGGCUGUCCCCAGUAACACUGCCCCGCCAACGCAAGGCACGACCCUCAUCACAACCACCAGCAGGGCCAGCACCACCAAGACCUCUUCAUCUCUAACAGAAGGCACAACCACCAUCAUCACAUCCACACCAACAGCAUCCACCUCACCAACCACCUUCACUGCUAGCACCUCCAAGACCACAACCAGCUGCCUGCAGCACUGUGCCUGGACGCAGUGGUUUGACUUGGAUUCCCCUAGCCCCGGUAGCCAAAAUGGAGACAUAGAGACGCUUGAAAAAAUCCGAGCUGCUGGGUAUGCACUGUGCGACGAGCCGCAAGACAUCAUGUGCCGUGCUAAAGAUUACCGUAAUAGGAGUCUGGACAAACUAGGACAGAAAAUUGAGUGCAGCCUUGACACUGGGCUUGUGUGCAGAAAUAAGGAUCAGAUCAAAAAGUACCCCAUGUGCUUUGACUACGAGAUCAAGGUGCUGUGCUGUGACCGUAACCACUGCGAGACAACAUCAGAAACAACAGGCACCACCACAGGCUUCUCCACCACAUCUGCUCUUCCAGAAACCUCCACCAUAAACACCAAAACUCCUGCACCACCAACUACUGCCUCCACCCUCCCACAGACAGCAAUGACAACCGCUACUGCCACCACGGUUGUCCCCAGUAACACUGCCCCGCCAACGCAAGGCACGACCCUCAUCACAACCACCAGCAGGGCCAGCACCACCAAGACCUCUCCCCCCCUGACAGAAAGCACAACCACCAUCGUCACACCCACUCCAACAGCACCCACCUCAGCCAGUAGCACUACCAGCACCUCCAGGACCACCACACCUACCACCACAACGUCCAAAGCCACAUCUGUGCCCACAAAAACCUCCUCUGUGAAAACGCAGACUCCAACAUCACCCACUUCCGCCACCAGCCUCUCCCAGCCAGCACGGACAACCACUACUGCCACCACGGCUGUCCCCAGUAACACUGCCCCGCCAACGCAAGGCACGACCCUCAUCACAACCACCAGCAGGGCCAGCACCACCAAGACCUCUUCAUCUCUAACAGAAGGCACAACCACCAUCAUCACAUCCACACCAACAGCAUCCACCUCACCAACCACCUUCACUGCUAGCACCUCCAAGACCACAACCAGCUGCCUGCAGCACUGUGCCUGGACGCAGUGGUUUGACUUGGAUUCCCCUAGCCCCGGUAGCCAAAAUGGAGACAUAGAGACGCUUGAAAAAAUCCGAGCUGCUGGGUAUGCACUGUGCGACGAGCCGCAAGACAUCAUGUGCCGUGCUAAAGAUUACCGUAAUAGGAGUCUGGACAAACUAGGACAGAAAAUUGAGUGCAGCCUUGACACUGGGCUUGUGUGCAGAAAUAAGGAUCAGAUCAAAAAGUACCCCAUGUGCUUUGACUACGAGAUCAAGGUGCUGUGCUGUGACCGUAACCACUGCGAGACAACAUCAGAAACAACAGGCACCACCACAGGCUUCUCCACCACAUCUGCUCUUCCAGAAACCUCCACCAUAAACACCAAAACUCCUGCACCACCAACUACUGCCUCCACCCUCCCACAGACAGCAAUGACAACCGCUACUGCCACCACGGCUGUCCCCAGUAACACUGCCCCGCCAACGCAAGGCACGACCCUCAUCACAACCACCAGCAGGGCCAGCACCACCAAGACCUCUCCCCCCCUGACAGAAAGCACAACCACCAUCGUCACACCCACUCCAACAGCACCCACCUCAGCCAGUAGCACUACCAGCACCUCCAGGACCACCACACCUACCACCACAACGUCCAAAGCCACAUCUGUGCCCACAAAAACCUCCUCUGUGAAAACGCAGACUCCAACAUCACCCACUACCGCCACCAGCCUCUCCCAGCCAGCACGGACAACCACUACUGCCACCACGGCUGUCCCCAGUAACACUGCCCCGCCAACGCAAGGCACGACCCUCAUCACAACCACCAGCAGGGCCAGCACCACCAAGACCUCUCCCCCCCUGACAGAAAGCACAACCACCAUCGUCACACCCACUCCAACAGCACCCACCUCAGCCAGUAGCACUACCAGCACCUCCAGGACCACCACAGCAACCACUACAACAUCCAAAGCCACAUCUGCACCUGCAGAAAGCUCCACUGUGGCAACCCAUGCUCCAAUAUCUCCUACUACUGCCUCAACUCCAGCUCACUUAGGAAUUAGAAGCACCAUAGUCAGUACAGGUUUUCUUCUAACAUCUGUUUCCUUAACUGGACAAAGUACUGCCACCAUUGUUUCUCCCACAAGUUUGAGUUCCACAAGCAGCCCAGUAGCUACAACUGGUACGCCACAAUCAAGUCAUGUUACAGCAAGUACUUCUGCAGCCUUCAGUUCUUCCCCCAGCACACCUGUCAUAACAGAAGCAAGUACAUAUGUUACAUCAAGCAGAACAACUCCAUGUUUUUGUCACGUGUUUGGUAACCUUUUUUCUCCUGGGGAAGUGGUAUACAACAGAACAGAUAGGGCUGGCUGUAAUUUUUAUGCACUUUGCAGCAAGGAAUGUGAAAUUCACCCAUUCCAGGGGCCAUGCUAUUCGACAACUCCUUUCACUUCAGGCACCUCAGAAACUACAACACCAGGCACCUCAGAAACUACAACACAAGCCACCUCAUCCACAGAACAUGUAUUUUCUUCUGUCUCACCACCAACAGCAACAUCCCUCACAACUUCAGUAGAAAGAAACUGUACUGAUGUCAAUCCUCCACGAAAGCCUGGAGAGAACUGGAUAAGUGAAUGCCGUAAGUGUGUCUGUGACCCCCUCAAUGCUACAGUACAAUGCCAGCCGCUCCCAUGCCAAACAGCUCAGACACCAAUUUGUGACCCAGAAUUUGCUGCUGUGACUGCACUACCACAAAAAGACACAUGUUGUCCUAAAUAUGAAUGCCGACCAAGGCCUGACUACUGUGUGAUGAAUGGUACAACAUACAAGGUUGGAGCAUCAACAGUAACCGAUUCAUGUAUGAACUGUACCUGCACUUCUGAGAUAGAUAAAGCAUCUUGGCAAAAUAUUUGGCAUUGUGAAAGAGUUCAGUGUGAACCAUCUUGCCCACUGGGUCAAUACAUGACUGAGGAUGGAAAGUGCUGUGGGAACUGUAGUAAAGUAUUUUGCAUCAUCAAACUAAGUAACAACACUGUUCACAAACUCCAUGUUGGUGACAUCCUGCCACUUGAUCAUUGCAGCCAUUACAAAUGUGAAAAAAUUGAAGAUCAACUUGUUCUAGUCCAAACUAAAAAAGUAUGCCCCGAGUACAACCCAGAAGAGUGCGAUCCUGAUGAAGCAGACACUACUCCUGAUGGCUGCUGCAAAAUAUGUACACCUACAAAGUGCAAACCUCACAGCAAGAGAACUGUGAUUCGCCACGGUAACUGUGAAUCUGCUGAACGUGUUGAGCUGGCAUACUGUGAAGGAACUUGUCCGGGCUCCUCAGUGUAUUCUCUUGAAACAAACCAGAUGCAACAUGAGUGUAGUUGCUGCCAGGAGUCCAGCAGCCAAACAAGAGAGGUGACCCUGACUUGCAAAAAUGGAACAAGCAUAAAUUAUCACUACGUCUACGUGGAAGAAUGCCAGUGUAUGAAUGCAUGCACUUCGGAAACCUCUGCAGCAUAUGGCUCCCAACUAAAAAAAUCCGCUGCAUAUGGUUCCCAAAGGAAAAUCAGCAGAAAAGAGAUGAUCCCUGGAAAAUGAAAGCAGAGACCCUAGGGAAGCUGGAAUCAUAUUUUCCACAGAAUAACUUCUGCUCCUUCUUUAACCGAUCUUCCAUCAGUUUCUGUUAUCACCUUUUCUCAUUUCUUUCUUGUAAAAAAAAAAAAGUCAAAUAAUUAAAUCUUGGUGUUUUGGGGUUUUUUGUUUUUGCUUUUUUGGUUGGUUGGUUUUUUAAGUGCUACAAUAUUCAAGGGCAAAAUUAGAUGACUGUAAGAUACCUUUGUGUAAGUUAUAGAAAUAUGCAAAUAUGUUUCCAUUUGAUCACAAACCUGACAUUUUUGGAAAAAAGGUUUAAGGGGGUCUCUAAAAACCAAAACCAGAAAAUAUAGUAGCUACAUUGCACUUAACUCUUGUGCCUAGAGAAAUCUUUAUGGCAUAUCAUUUUUAUGGAGGUAAUGGUCCUAAACACACAUCACAGUGACAGGGAGAAGACUGGUUUCUUGUUCA